AUGCUUCGGCUUCUGGUGACUCUAGCGGCUGUCAAGGCUGCUACCGUUUGCCAGGACGACCUUAUCACCCCUUCGACCGACUCCCACGCAGCGGGAUCCAUAUUGCUACAAAGUUCGCAGAUCAGAGACCGGGACGGACAACUUUGGGACGGCAACAUUGAGCUGAACACUUCUCAAAGAGAGGACAGCUACGCAUUCCUGCCUUGGCAAGUGCUUUACCUUCUGCAGGGUGACCGUCAGCUUCUGUGGGGAAGGACAGAUGCACCUUCUCAAGCGCAAGAAGCAGGCUUUGCAUCGCUGCUGAUCUGUUUCUCCUGUCUUCUGCUGACAGUCUGCGUUUGCGCGUGGAGUCUUGGAAGCGCUGGGGAUGACCCGAUCAAGGGCACAGGCGGAGGCGGAGGUCCGAAACUGCCUUCCAUGCGGCCGAGCCUGGAGCCCUCACAGGGCCAAUGCAGACCGCUCGGUCCCGGGCGGUCACCUUCCCUGCCGACGUCAUUGCCUGAGGAGGCGGUCCUUCGUCAACAGCAACGGACAUUUACGAGCGUUUGCUGUCCAGAUUUAGUGGUGCCCAUUGGCUCUCAGAGCAUCGUGGGCGUUCCCAGCCUGGCGGCUGUGGCAGCUUCGGACUCUGGAGAUGUUCUGGACGUCGUGGAUCCGAUCGGCAUGCCACUCCUCAAGGUGGAGCUUCAGCUUCGACCGGGCACUGAAGGUGCUAACCGCGUUCGUGGCCCUGAAGGGCGAGGAAGCUCCGCCAUGGAGGCGCCGCUUUUGGUGCUCCGGAACCUGCGACCGGAACCCCGCGGAUCGUUGCUCAACAUCAACGUUGCAGGUUGGGUAAAUACGUCGGCUAUGGCCUUGUCUUUUCUUCGGACGUCCCCUGGAGGCCAGGAGAGGUUGGAGAUCUGCAGCCCCGACUUGAGCAUCUUCGCCUCCUUAGCGCAGGAGCCAAGCGGCAAGUUUGUUCUGAGAAGCGGCAGCGAGGAGACUCUUUGCAUGAUCUUCCACAGCACCUUUUUCCGCGACUUGCAACACAACGCCAUAACUGUGACUGAUGGCAGCAGCCAGGUGCUGUCAAGAACGCAUGCUGCCGAAUUGCAAGUUCCGGAGCCUGGCAGAUUCUACAGCCUGCAGGUCUUUUCCGGAGUGGACCUUGGAGUUGUGCUAUGCUGCCUCGUUUUCAUGGAGGGCCGGGCCAGAGACAUUUUCUGA